UGAAGAAAAAGCAGGAGCGUUUCAUCAGGUCUCAACUGUCAGAACGGUAGAAGAGUAGCAUCUACAAGGAGAAGAAAACCGAAAAACACGUAGCCUACACUCAAAGCAUCAUCAUUUUGGACACCAUGCAGGAGGACGGGAAGGUGGUGGACGGUGAUGCUAACGGGGUGGAGCCUGGCCCCCGGGGGCAGAAGGAGAGCCGGAAGUGGCAGAAGCCCAGGUUCACCCGCAAGGCCCUGAUGAAGUGCUGUCUGGUCAAGUGGAUCAUUGCCAGCACAGCGCCACAGGGGCCAGACAGCAGUGACAGUGACCUGGAGCUGUCCACAGUCCGACACCAGCCUGAGGGUCUGGAGCAGCUACAGGCCCAGACCAAGUUCACCAGGAAGGAGCUGCAGUCACUGUACAGGGGCUUUAAGAACGAGUGUCCCAGUGGACUGGUGGAUGAAGAAACAUUCAAGUCCAUCUAUUCUCAGUUCUUUCCCCAAGGAGAUGCCACUACGUACGCUCACUUCCUGUUCAAUGCGUUUGACAUGGACCGAAAUGGCUCCAUUCGCUUUGAGGACUUUGUGAUUGGACUGUCGGUGCUACUGAGGGGCUCAGUGACAGAGAAACUGAACUGGGCUUUCAACCUCUAUGACAUCAACAAGGAUGGGUACAUCACUAAAGAGGAGAUGCUGGCGAUCAUGAAGUCCAUCUACGACAUGAUGGGCAGAUACACCUACCCCUGCGUGCGAGACGACGCUCCGUUUGAACACGUGGAGAAGUUCUUCCAGAAAAUGGACCGGAACCGAGAUGGGGUGGUGACCAUUGAUGAGUUUAUCGAGACCUGUCAGAAGGAUGAGAACAUCAUGAGCUCCAUGCAACUCUUUGAAAAUGUUAUCUAGAGCAAACCGAAAAUCCAAAGCAGACGCUCCCCCACCUCCACCCCAAAACCGUGACAGUAAUCUCCCUCCCCGUCGUCCAGCACGAAACACGCACCCUGCUCUAGUACUUCCCGAAAGGGAAUGGAAGACACACAAUGGACAAUAGACUUUUUUUUAUAUGUAGGCUUUAGGCAAGGCACCUGCACAUGCAACCUUCCACAGCUCUAGAGGAAAAGAGCGCUGCACUUUGACCCAGUCCUUACUGUACAUAGGAAUGGAAACCAAAACUUCUGCUUCGAAGCUACAAGUGGAACAACGAGCAUUAUUCCUCAAACCUUCAGACCUCCCUGCCUCUUGCCUCUGUCUCCGGUGGACUUACAGGACAAUAGACAACAAAGAUAUAGUGAAUAUUUUCUCAAGUUGGAGUCGUAGGGAAUGAAAGGGGAUAAGAAGGAAAUGUAUUGGGUGUUUUUUUGUUUUGCUUUGAGAACUUCCACAGUCCACGAGGCCUACAAUUUAAGCACAGCUUCCUACUUUCCUCUCUCCCAUCAGGCACAAGCAGACUGAAGUAAUGAUCUCUGAAGAUUAGCUCUUCUUGGAAAGUGUGAAUGCAACAUUUUGUGGCAUGCUGGAGAUUAUCUAUUCGGUUGAUGAAAAAGCACACACCAGAAACGGAACAAAAAAAAAAGAAAAAGACGUUGAAUUAACUUUUGAAGAAAGUAAAGUAAUUUUUGCAUGUUUUUUUUCCUUGAAAACUUGUAAUUUGUGGUUUGCUUGGACAGAAACCUUGAGUAGAGAAGAAGACAUGGACCACACACAUUGUGGUGUGAAAUGGAGUAAACGUGAGAUUUUGGACUUUUGGAGUUUGCACCCCCGGUUGAUAGAUUAUUGUUUCGUUCUUCUGGUAAAACAGCAUUAAUGGAUUACAGAAUGGCUGUAAAAAUAAGCAUGAUCUGCUUAAUAUAGUUAUGCAGCAAACACCCUGGAGUUGUGUGUUAUAUACAGUGAUGGUUUGAAGACUUUUCAUUUUAAAGGUCCUAGUUCUUCCCAAAGGCUAUGUCCUAUUCUGACAUCAUCAUCAUCAUCAUCAUCAUCAUCAUCCAUGAAUCCAUGCUCUACUCCAUGUACUUAAAGACAGGAGAGCACCCACCCUCUAUCAAGGGGGGUGGGGGGGUCAAAUGGGAUGCCUUCUCUAGCCACCCCCCGUUGACAUAAGAAGACACCAUUGAUUGUGUGACACUGGCCCUCUAUGUCUGUAGCAUGUGAAAACUGCAGACUGUUCCUAAUAGCUGUUAUAGUUUCAAAACAUUAAAAGAAAAUGCA